UUCAAAUCCGUGCACCGGGAGAUUGUGUCUAAUAACCGGAUAACAGUGACUCCUCACACCGGAGGUAAAACAAGAAACCGGCUCCGGGUCUGCUGCCUGAAUUUGCUUCUGUUUCCUCUCUCUCUCUCUCUUUUUAUCUUUAUUUAUCUCUCUCUCUCUCUCUCUCGUUCUGUUGCAUCCAUUGGAUGCUGCGCGCGCGAGGCUGCUGGGCGAUGAUGCAUCGAUCGGCGGGCUUUGACAUCAAGUCCAUUUCCCACCACCUGAUCACCUCGGAGAUGUAGAUUACAGCAAAUUAAGUCUUCUUCUUCUUCUUCUUUUGCUGACAAGAAAAGAACAACAACAAUACAAUAAAGCAAAGAACAAUACAUGUCUGAUCUCGACGCGGCGCGCGAGGAUGCCUGCAGCCGCCGCGCUCGUGUCAUCGCCGCUGCGGCACAGAGCGCAGCUCCUCCUCGGCUCCGGGCGGACACAUGAGGAGAAGAAGACCGCGAGCUACCAAGAGCUCCACCACCCGACAUAAGACGUACACCACCCCCCUCCCACCCUCCCUCCCCGCGCGCGCGCGUGGGAGAAGAAGGCCCCGGUGUCUUGUGUGAGUUUUUUUUUUCUUGAGGGGGGGCUUCUCCCAAAAGAACAACUGCCACAUCCCGGAUGCAUCUUGGGAGCCUGAGAACUCCACCGGACCCUCGUGCCAUGUUCGCGUCACCAGCCUGGAGACGGAGCCCACGUGCGCCAUGUUAGAGGCUGGACUCUCACCUGGACUCUCAGCUGGACUCUCACCUGGACUCUCACCUGGACUCUCACCUGGACUCUCACCUGGACUCUCAGCUGCUCCCUUUUUUGUAUAUGAGCAUCACCUGCUUCGCCGCACAACAGCACCAACAGGAAGCAGCACCAACAGGAAGCAGACAUUAUAAGGUCUUCUAUCAAAAUAAGAGCCCCCGGAAUCCAGGGUCAGGAUGCAGGUGUCUUUCGCCUGCACCGAGCACAACCUCAAGAGUCGAAGUGAGGACCGACUUUGUGGCCUUCGCACCGCCCCGCCCCCCGGAGGGAGCAGCGGAGGAGGAGGAGGAGGAGGAGGAAGUGGACAAGGGAGCAAUGGCAACUACAUGACUCAAGGAUCGGUCAAGACCAGGGAGGGGCCCGGGUCCCGUCACACCCCACAGGGCCACGCCCACAUGAAGGAGGCCAUCGGGCGCCACACCAGUAUGAAGUAUAGGAACCUGGGGAAGUCGGGCCUCCGCGUCUCCUGCCUCGGUUUAGGCACCUGGGUGACGUUUGGAUCUCAGAUCUCUGACGAGAUGGCCGAGAGCCUGAUGACCAUCGCCUACGAGAACGGCGUGAACCUGUUUGACACCGCCGAGGUGUACGCGUCCGGACGAGCGGAAAUCACUCUGGGGAACAUCGUCAAGAAGAAAGGAUGGAGGCGUUCAAGUUUUGUCAUCACAACAAAGAUCUACUGGGGAGGCCAAGCCGAGACCGAGAGGGGACUCUCCAGAAAGCACAUCAUUGAAGGUUUACGAGGAUCCUUAUCCAGGCUGCAGCUGGAUUACGUGGACAUCGUGUUCGCCAACAGGAACGACGUCAACAGUCCGAUGGAAGAGAUCGUCCGGGCCAUGACCUUCGUAAUAAACCAGGGUAUGGCUAUGUACUGGGGCACGUCACGCUGGAGCGCCAUGGAGAUCAUGGAGGCGUACUCGGUGGCACGCCAGUUCAACCUGAUCCCGCCGGUGUGCGAGCAGGCCGAGUACCACUACUUCCAGAGGGACAAAGUGGAGGUGCAGCUUCCGGAGCUCUACCACAAGAUCGGUGUCGGAGCAAUGACCUGGUCUCCCCUCGCCUGUGGAUUAAUCACGGGGAAGUACAGCGACGGCGUGCCGGAGAGCUCCAGAGCGGCGAUGAAGGGAUACCAGUGGCUGAAGAGAGUGCACAGCGAGGAGGGCCGCAGGCAGCUCGCGAAGAUCAAGGAGCUCCAUCUGCUGGCGGACCGACUGGGCUGCACCGCCGCACAGUUAGCCAUCGCCUGGUGUCUGCGCAGUGAGGGUGUCAGCUCGGUGCUUCUGGGGGUUUCUAACACUGACCAGCUGCUGGAGAACCUCGGUGCCAUGCGGAUUUUAACCCAAAUGACCCCUCAAACUAUCACGGAGAUCGACACCCUGCUGGGGAACAAGCCACACUCGAAGAAAGAGCUGCGUGCUUGAAUCGACGCAAACACGAGUGACAGAUGAUGUUUUUAUUUUCGGGAAUACGACACGAAGAAGACAAAAGACAUCGGGAAACAUCGUUUUUUUUCCUUCUUUUUUCUCCGCUGUAUACUCAACGACUUGCAUGUCCUCGGCAACAUUACGCUUCCCGUAUGAUCUCUCAAUUAUAUAAAAAAAAGAAGAAGAAACAGCAGGUCAUGCAUCGCUCACGGCUUAACGGGGAGUCUCUGCUUAUCCAAAGAGACCGAGACAGGUUGGAAGAUAUUCAGCUCACGUCGAAGCAGAUUUUGGACUCUUGUUAAUCUAAUGUAUCUAAAGUGAAAGAAAGAAGAAGAAAAAAACGCCUCCGUGCUGAAAAAUGAAACUUUAAAGUGUGAAUGGUGCUUUUCAUCGGACGUGAGUCUCUCCUCUUCUUCUGUAUGUUUAACACCGGCAGCCGGAGAGGUCGAAGGUCAGCGCUUGUGCGUGUCCGGCCUCACGUUUCCCCACGGCGUGCAUGUGAUGCUCCGCCACGCUCGCUGCUUCACAGGGUUGGGAACAGCUUGUAAAGUUGUUUGCAGUGAGAAAAGAAAAAAAGAAAAAUGUUUGAAACAUUUAUUUUAUUACUUUGAAAGUAACCAAAUAGUGUGAGAAUUGUUCUACACAUGCUGGAAUGAGAAUGACACAAAUUACUCGAUCCGAAUUUUGAAAAAAAAAUGAACGGAUUGUACUGCGACGGUAUAAUUGACACGCCGCAGCUUUUUAAUUACAGUGAGUUCUCAAAAUAUACAUAUAUAUAUAUAUAUAUAAAUGUGUAUAUAAAAAAAUUGGCAAUCAGAAGAAGCGGGUGAUAUGUUUUUGAAAGUAACUAUCCCAACCCUGCAGUCAUAUUUUGCCUCUCCUGUUUGUAAAAAAAAAAAAAACUGUGCGCAUGUCCCUUUAAGAGAGAAUAAGCCCUAAGAGGGUGUCAAUGUGGCAUGGCUUUUUUGGCUUAUGUAGAUUUGCAGUGCCCUCGGAAGCCAUUUCUUCUUACUAUAAACGGGCCUGGAAGGCUGAUCCAGGAUCUGUGAGCUGGCGGGAAUCUGCUGUCCGUGUGUCCGUCUGAGACGUUUAUGUGUAAUGUCCUAAAAAACUGAUGUUGACCUCGCUGUCAAUGAGGCCAUUCUUUGUGAAGAGAAGAACAUUAAUUGUUCCUGAAUCAGAGGUGUUGAGAGACUUGUGAAAAGACGUGGACACACUGUGGAUAACUAUAGUUUUCAAAUGAUAGGACAUAGAUUAUAUGAGUUUAUUACUCUUGCCACGGGUCACUUUGGGGGUAAGAUUUAGCAAAUGUAACUAUUUUUUGUUUGUUUUUUGUGGAAGCCUAAAAAUAUAGCUUCUCUGGGAGAUCUCUCUCUCUCUCUUAGUCUUUCUGUAUCGUUUGUUCCCGCGAUUCUUGCACACAUGCACAACUCGUUGUUUUUUUUUACUGUGCACGUCACGUCUUUUCCUUUUAGUUUUAUAUUGAUUUUAAAAUACUUUGUCAUGUAAAAGAAAAAGAGGGAUUUUGUUAAUUUUUUUAUUUUUCUUUCUUCUUCUUUUUCUCAUGAAAACAUCUCCUCCAAUCUCCAGAGCGGAUGAUUUCAUACAUGAAGUUGUUUUUAUUUGGUGCAAGGUUACAUUGUACUGUAAAUACGCUUUUUUUCUGUUUGCCGCUGAGUUAACGAGAUAAAAAAACGGUCAAAUAUAAGAAUACAAAGAAUCCCUGGAGGUGGCGUCGCUCCCUCCCGUCAGACUCCAGUGUCGCUCGCAGUGAUUACAAUGAGACUUCAAUCGCAACCUUGAAAAUGUGACUUUUUGCUUGCAUAACUUCUCAUAUUUUACUUUCUCGCAACAAAGAGAAACCAAACGAGAGGCCAGAGGCGACUCACGCUGAAUGUAGAACAAAGCACAUCACUUGUUUUAUAGUUUAUGUUUGUUUUUUAAGUCACAGCUGUCAAACAUGUACACACACACGCACACACUGGGUCAACAUGUUUAUGUGUAUUUACGAUUCAUGGCCUGCACCUAUUGGUUAAACCAUCUAGCUGUGAUGUUAAAGUUAGUUUAAACCUUCCAUGUUAACAUUUGGAAUAAACUGUUUAUUUGUAUA